AUGGGUCUCGCCCACGCCCUGCGAGAAAUGUUCGGACGCAAACGACGCGAGCGCACGCUCCGAGAGGUGGAGCGCGCGGUGGAACAGGAGUCGAGCCAACGGGGGAGCCGGCGAGGGUCGUUCGCGCGCGCGCGAGACGCGAGCGGGCGCGACGGGUCGGGACGAGACGUCUCGGGACGCGGGGGACGAUUCGACUACGGGUCGUCCUCGCACGGUGGACACGGACGAGAGCGGAUGUACGACGCGGACGCGUCGAAGACUUUUGGACGACAGCACGGGAGCGAAGAAGCGCUGUGCGUGUUGGCGGGGAGCGAGGCGAUGAGCAUACCGGCGGGGAAGGUGACGGUGCACGUCGGAGAGCGGAGCGAGAGCUACGUCCGGGGGGAGGACGGGGCGUUUUACGACGAGUCGCACACGUUCUCGGGGUCCGUUCCGGGAUCGCCCGUGUUUACCAGGGCGUCGUCGCUGCCGAAGGCGGUGGUGAUGGUGCACAGCGAGGACGUAGACGUGGAUGCGGGGAAAAUGGGCGCCGCGGGUCAACGCAACCGAGGGAGCUGUAACUCUCUGUUGCUGCUCGAGGCGCAGGCUCUGAGCGCGGGUGAGGCGCAACAUAUUAUCUCGGGGUCGUCAGCGAAGAGCGGGUGA